CGCACCGUCCCACAUUCCUUUGGCACAAGUUGACUUCUUGAUGAGCUAGUAUACCAUAUGCUUGCUGUCUGGUGUUGUGUUGUCUAUUAUUCAAGCAUACUGUCGCCCUGGCUUCCUUUACUCGUGCUCUUGUUCGCCGACAGGCCUUCUUCACGCACCGGCUGCUUACCAGACGAUUGAGUACACCCCGAGUACCUUUUCUUGCACAAUCCUAUAAACAUCUUUCGACUGUCAAAUAUCUGAGAUUGCCCACUACUCAGUCCCAUGGCCGAUCAAACGGCAAUCAUCCGGAUCUAGGCCUCCCAUCACAAACGGCGCCCGGUUCUGGCAAUGUGUGCGCCCACAAGAAAGCGCAAAGGAAGAAGGAAAUACGAAAUUUUCACAAGACAGCACUCCUUGCCGUGAGGAAGCGGCGAAAUAUACCACCGUCCAAGACGGAGCUGCGAAGAGCGCGAGCGAAGAUUGUCAAGAUGAGCCAUCACGAUCAUGGACUGAAAUCUGUUGGUGUACGGACGAAUUUUCACGCCCAGUUUAUAACUACACCAACCUCUGAUACUCCCGGAACUAGUCUACUGUUGCACUUUGACAGCAAGAGAUAUCUUAUUGGACAACUAGCUGAGGGGACACAAAGAGCGUCCAUCCAGCGCGGACUAGGCCUGCGGAAGAUCCGAGGGCUGUUCUUGACCGGCAAAACUGAAUGGAACAAUGGAGGGCUGAUAGGUACGAUCCUUACCAUGGCUGAUGUACAGCAGGGUGAGGUUGAAAGCGAUGGCUCGAACCAACGACCGAGACUCAAUAUCUACGGAGGGCCGAAACAACUUCAAUCUCUUGCCUGCGCUCGAAGAUUUGUGUUUCGCACAGGGAUGCCCCUUUCCGUUCACGAAUUCGAUGCAGCUAAACACAAAAUGCCUCGAAAAAUCCAUGAAGACGAAAACAUUCGUGCCUGGGCAAUCGCGACACAUCCUGGCGCCGAUACGUCUGCUGAUUCUGACAUCACCGACCUAUCUGAUACUGACCGCAUUCCUUGCGAGCAUGAGCUCGACGAGCUCCGUAGUGAAACCGAACAGGCUCUUCGCAGUAAAAUUGUGAACAAUAUGUUCGACUCUGGAUGGAAAAAAGAUCGACUUGUUGAGACCAAACUCAAAGACAUCAAUCUCCCUGCCCUAGUAUGGACAAGAAACCCAGAAACCAAGGAACUACAGCCCCACACAUGCCUCGACCAGAACAACAUUGGUGGACUAACGCUCGAUACUGCGGUGUUGGUACGUACCCCUUGGCCUGCGUCGACAGUUGAGAAGCUUCCUGAUGCAUCGGGACUUCCAAGCAAUGUCUCCAUGUCUUAUAUCGUCAAGGGGCAUGCGCAGCGCGGCGCCUUUUCGCCCCAAAAAGCGAAGGAACUUUCCCUCAAGCCUGGCAAAAAGUUUGCGGAGCUGGUUGCCGGCAAAAGUGUUGAAAACGAAAAGGGUGAAAUGAUUACACCAGACAUGGUUCUCGAACCAGGCCGACCGGGAAGAGGCAUCGCCAUUUUUGACGUCCCUUCGGUCUCCCAUUUCCUUUCUCUUGAGACACAAUUAGGAGACCAGGGUGAUGAACUCCUUGAGGGCGUCGAGGCGGCUGUCUGGGUGUGCAGAGGUAGUCUGCCCUUCAGCCCGCGUUUCCAGUCGCUGCUUCAUAAGUUUAAGUCCAUGAAACAUAUCAUAUCGCAUCCAGAUAUCAGCACCGAUUAUAUCACCCAAACAUCGAGUGCUCGAUCCUCGUUGAGGCUGUCCAAAAUUGCUUCGGAGUUCUUUACGGUCCCUCGAUACGACAAUUUCAAUGGAUACAAACCCUGUCGGCAUGCAAAGGGCAGAGAUUUACAAGACGUGCGGGCGAUGAUCAAAGUUGAUGACCCUGAGAUCGAAAUUGUCGCUGCAACGAGGGGAUUGAAGGUCAAUAUUGAACCAAAGCUUACUCUCGAUGACAGUGAAGUUCCGGCAACCGAAGACCUAGCGACAUUGGGUCUCGCGUUGGACCAAACGAUCAGAGAUUUAUUUCCCGAGGACAUGUCCCCAUAUCAGAGAUCUACGCCGGCCUCAUCUAGUGAUUUAGAGGAACCAGAAAUUCUAACGUUGGGAACCGGCUCUGCGGCGCCAUCGAAAUACCGCAACGUAUCUGCUGUCUUGCUUCGAAUGCCUCACGGAAUGGGCAACUACCUAUUUGAUUGUGGAGAGGGGACGUUGGGUCAAUUAAGACGACUAUAUGAUAAAGAGCAGCUGGACGAAAUACUGUACAAUCUCAAGGCUGUUUGGAUUUCACAUCUUCAUGCCGACCAUCACCUGGGUACCAUGUCAAUCCUUCAAGCUGCCAUGGCAGCUCGCAAAGCGCGUACAAGUCAGGGCGCGCCUCGUCCUGCACCUCCUUGUCUGAUUUCGGAGGAGAAUAUGAUUGACUAUAUGGACGAUUAUCAGACGGUUCUCGGGGCGCGGACAGAGUCUCUCUGCAUUCCUGUUGUCUGCCACUGGGCAAGAUCGCCUGCCAUGUCACUACGCGGGUUGCCAUUCGACCUUCGGCAGGCUGACGUCCCCAUUCGGGAAUUAAAAACGGUAAGAGUCAAUCACUGCCACGGUGCUCAAGCAAUCUCUGUCACGUUCAACGACGGGUUCAAGUUCUCAUACAGUGGCGACUGUCGACCGAAUGAAUCCUUCUGCCAGAUCGGCGCCGAUUCCGAUGUCCUUGUUCACGAGGCCACUUUCGACGAUGGCCUCGAGGGUGACGCGAAGGCCAAGAAGCACUGCACGACGGGAGAGGCAGUCGGUGUUGCUUUGGGCAUGCGGGCGAAGAACCUGAUCCUCACCCACUUUAGCCAAAGGUACCAAAAGAUCCCGGUGCUCAGCGGCGUAAAGAUGCCGGAGCGUGUGUCGGAAGAGGAGUUGCUCGAUGACGAUGACGGUGAAAUGACGGCCGGUCCUGGGAUCGGUGCACCUCAAGAAGAAGCGAGUGGAGUGUCUCAAAAGUCCGACGCUACAGCCUGGUUGGAUGGGGACGUCACUCGCAACCUGAACAUUGGUGUCGCUUUCGACCUCAUGAGAGUCAGAGUCUCGCAGAUCGCGUCGAUGAAGAAACUCUUCCCGGCGAUUUCGAGAAUGUUUGAGGUCGAACAGAUCAAGCGUGACAAAGAACGGCAGGAGGUCAGUGCCGCACUGAAGGCGAUCGAGGAGCGGAAGAAUGCCGAAAAAAUCGCCCGCCAGGAGGCCCACAGGAGAAGGUUCGAAGAGUCCCAGGCCAAGAAGAAGGCCCAAAAGGCCGCGAACCAGCAAAAGGGCAACAAGAGGAAGCUCGGGCAAGAGAGGGAGAUCGGUGGUGGUGGAGGAAACGGAGGACAAUCUACGGGUGCGACAAGUAACGGGAGCGCCGUUGCGCCUGACGGGGACAUGACGACGACCUCAUCAUCCCCACCGCGGACCCAGGCCCAGGGACAGGCACAAGCUGGUGAGAACGACACACGUUUGAAAUCGGAUGAGAAUGCUAAGCGUCUUCAGAAAUGUGAUGCCGGGGACGUCACGGCCGACGAUGAUGACGACGACGACGACGAGGGGACGACGAGUCCAGGUCAACGAGAGGAAAAGGAGCAGAAGAAGCGUAAACUCGACCCUGCGCCUGCCUAGAUUGUGCUCCCCUUUCCAAUACAACAAAGGUCCACGCCCGCUUCUUCUUCUUCCUCUCUCUCUCUCUGUCUCCCUUUGCGGGACAAGGGCACAAACGGACGGAACGUUGGACACCAAAGACCAAUUCCUCGCUCCAAAAACGAGCCAAGCCGACGGUCGAUUGGAGAAGAGAAGAAAAAAAAGGGGUACUUUGCUGUCGUGGUCAUUGUUGUUGUUGUGUCACUCCGUACUUGUGUGGAAAACGUUUCAGGAGGUCCAAGAAUCUCCUCCCUCCCUUCCAAACAGGGCUGGUAUUGGCCGAGUAGUACCACUCAGUUUUUGUACACCUACAUCACUCACUCUCCACUAAACAAGUAACUGAGUGAGAGCGGGUGCUUGCAUACACGUACCCACCUCCAGAGAGAGAGAGAGAGAGAGAGAGAAAGAAAAAAGGACAUGCUCUGUCGCUGCUCAUCGCGACCCUUUUUUUUUCCCCCCCACAAAAGACUCUUUUCUCUGUCGGUGCGGCAUUGUCGGCCUGAAAAUCAAAGUGAGCACCCUGUGAACAUGAUUUGCUACGUCAAAGCCAAAAUGCCCUCCUACCGACUGGGCACAUACCUACAGAGGUACUUCCCGGGGCGCGUGACGAAAAGGACGGUGGAAUCUAUUUUCUAAUACAAAAAAAACCCCCCAAUCAUCAACUCUCCAACUUUGACACAAAACACUCGCUUAGUCUGUCUCUGUCUUUGUUCGUCUGUCUGUCUGUCUACCUCAAACUCGAGAAGGAAAAAACAAGUCUUGGGGGGGUUGCAAAUUCAAAUGACUAGUCUACAAACAUAUCAUGAGGCCAUGAAGACAAAAAAAAUGCACUCUAGCGUUCGUUCUAAAGUGUCUUUUUCGCCCCAAGAAAACUCCAAGCAUGUCCUUCGAACACGCAAAGGAUUGACGGGAAAAGGGGGAAAUUUGGUGGGACGGAGGAGGGAAGAAAGGGG